UUCUAAACAGAUCGAAUAUUCUUUGUCCUUCUCUCUUUCACUCUCUCUCACCAUAAGAUAGAGAGAGAGAGAGAGAGAGAGAGAGAGACAGAGAAAGGAAAGAAGAUCGAGGAGGAGGAAGAACAACAAUCUCAAGAGAAGCGAAGCGAAGCGAAUAAGGGUACCCAUUUCCUCUCUCUCACUCUCUCCAAAGGAAAGGAAAGAAAUUUAUCGAGAUGGGAAAGGGAGAGAGUAGCAAUGGGGAGGUGGAGGCUGUGGCAUCGAAGUUUCCAUUGAGCGUUUGGGAGAUGGCGGCGGCUUCCACCGUGGUGUUGGGCUUCGUGGUGGGUCUUCUCGGUGUGUACCUUACCAUGCCAGCAUCGGAUUACAGCUUCCUCAAGCUCCCUCGUACCCUGGAAGACCUUCAAAUCCUCCGAGAUCACCUAGAGAGCUACACAAGUGACUAUACUGCACAAGUCCUGGUCGGGUACUGCAUGGUUUACAUUUUCAUGCAGACAUUUAUGAUUCCGGGGACUGUGUUCAUGUCAUUGCUGGCUGGAGCCCUUUUUGGAGUCUUCAAAGGUGUAGCUCUGGUUGUCUUCACCGCCACCGCUGGUGCUUCUUCUUGCUAUUUCUUAUCAAAGCUGAUUGGCCGGCCUAUUCUCUCCUUUCUUUGGCCUGACAAGCUAAAGUUCUUUCAAGCCCAGGUGGCUAAAAGAAGAGAGCGUCUGUUGAACUACAUGCUUUUUCUAAGAUUGACUCCGACAUUGCCAAAUACGUUUAUCAAUUUCGCUUCUCCAAUUGUCGAUGUGCCGUAUCGUACUUUCUUCCUGGCAACCUUAGUCGGCCUCAUACCUGCGGCUUUUGUUACUGUCAGGGCUGGACUAACUCUUGGAGAGUUGCAAUCCGUAGGGGAUCUCUAUGACUUCCAAUCAAUUGCUACUUUGUUCCUCAUUGGAAUUGUCUCUGUUACACCCACGCUGGUGAGGAAGAGUAAACCAUAGCAUUCUACCGGCCGAACUUGCUUAAUGCACAAGGGGCCCGUGCUCCUGGCUGCCAUUUGAGUUUCACUUCAUUUCUGUACAGAUCAGCCUCAAAUAAAAACAAUAUAUGGCUGGCUGUUGAUCAGCUUGUGGAUUUCAUUGGCAACGCUGUAGCCACUGGAGAUGAUAAUGUGGGGAAGUUGCAGGCAGAGAUUGCUACAUUGUGUUAUGUUUACUGUUGCGUUUCCGAGGCGUGGCGGUUGGCAGGGUGAUAUAAUGUUUUAAGUACAGUUUCAAUUCAAGUAUCAAAUCUGUAGUUUUAGAGAUGUAUAUUGUUGUUAGUGAAACAAUGUGUAAAAAGACAGUCUCUCUGUCGUGGUAGAUUUAUCAUAGUUUGUGUUUUUCAUCCAUCCCAGCAACACAACAGCAUGUACACGAUUGUUUCUGGGUGUUGCCUGAAAAUGGGACUUGUAGAAACGAGCAGGUUGAAAUUGGCAGAUCACGACUUUGUUUGUAGUCCAGAUGGGUUGUUCGUAUAUUUGUAAUUUGGUUAGAUUGUGGUGAAUGUUAUCCUUCCUUUUUGGCAA